UCCAGCUCUUUUAAAAGGGAUAAAUUUUUUUGUAUAAUUUCUAGCAGACGGUUCUCGAAAUAAAUUAAAUAAGUAGAAAUGAGUCGAAUAAUAAACACAUGCAUUUUAGCAUCUUGUGAAAAUAUACAUUCCAUCUUAAAUUAUAGAGCUUUAAAACACUAUUCAAUUGCGAACAUUAUGAUUUUGUAUUACAAUAAGCUUAUGAGCUUUUUGUAAAUAGAUAUUAUUACACGGAGCUGGUAAUUUAGCGUACGUCUUUUCAUGCCGAUUUGAAUUUCGAUUGUAGUAAUUUCGAUAGAUUGCGCGGGAAGUAUAACAAGUUCCAUUGCAGUUUAAAACACGAUAAUGAUCUUUUGUCGUCUCUGUUGCACGUUCCUUAUAGGUUAGUUCUGAGGUUUUGCAUUACUCUCGUAACUAAUAAUCGUAUAGAAUUUAAGGUCGUGAUGUGAAAUAUAUAUAUCUAUUGUUCAGCUUUGUAUAAGGAGUAUAUUAAAGUUGAUGUGGAUAUAAAACUUUUCAAAAUCGUUACUAUAUGUAUUGGAUCAUAAACGCGUGUUUGGACUGAAGUAGAAGAAAUUUCAUACAUAGAAAAUUAAGAAUUUAGAAAUAUGAAGCCAACGCACUCAAGAGAAGACGUGAAAAAUACAAUAUUAGCAUUGUUAUUGAGUCGCAAAGGGGGAUGUACCUUGAGGCAAUUAAAUAUUGAUUAUGAGGAAGCAGAAAAUGAACAGAUACCAUGGAAAGAAUUUGGUUAUUCCUCUUUGUUAGGAUACAUCUAUUCCAUGUCAGAUGUUGUCCAAAUAGAUAAAAAUAAUAUAUUAAGAGGCAUCCCUACUGAAAAGUCCAAACAUAUUAGUAAGUUUGUAACUGAACAAAAAAGUCAACCUCCAAAGGGAAGAUCGUACAGAAGUCGGUAUUAUGCUAGUGCUAUUGUUUAUACCAGAACUCUGAUACCACCACAGGCAUUAGAAGAGAUAAUUGAUCUCAUUUAUAAGUAUCCAGAUGGCGUAAAGAAACAAUAUGUUUUUGAACAGUUACAGUUGUAUACACCAAAACUAAACAUAACAAUGAAGGACAUGGAAGAGCAGUUUAACAAGUUCCGUUCUAGAAUUCGCCAAGACUCUAAUAUGGUUUAUCCAGUUAAAGGUGUUCAGAAGUGUGAUUAUUCAACACAAAUUACAAAUAAUACUGCUCCUUCCAAAUCUGUUGUUAUUACUGCAGCUGGAUACGAAGACCAUAUUCAAAAUUAUGACGAUACUGAUAUUUUCGAGUUUGUUCCUGCUUCAAAUCUACGUAAUUCUAGUCAUUUAACAUCAAAUGCUGAAUCUACCUCUAGUUUCAUUAAGAGAACUAUAUCUAAGUCUCCAGACAAAUGUAAGAAAGCUACAACAGAAACAGAAGCACCAUCUGGUAUAUAUAAUGUAUAUAUGGACGCCAAUGGGUCUGUACAGGUAGAAGUUAAUGAUAGAAAGAAGGAUGAGGAAGAGCCUGUACUUGAUAACGAUAAUCAGAUUAUUAUAAAUGAAAGACUUAAAUAUCGUUUGAAGAAACUUGCUGAGAAAUAUCCUGAUGGUAUUUGGUGUGCUGACUUGCCAGCCAAGUAUAUGGAAGAGUAUGGCUAUCAGUUGCAGUACACAGAACUUGGUUUUACUAGCGUUAGAGAAUUCAUAUCAUACUUAUCAGAUAUUUUUUACGCCAUUCAGUUACAAGGUACAGGAGAUUUUAAACUAUACUCUGCUAAAAAAGAUAUGUCUGCCUUUAGAAUAAAGGAGAUGAAGAGUCACGAUUCGGAGGAUGAAGAAGCUGUGCCAUCGAAACUGACACUCAGUACCUCAGAAGCGAUCGUGCCAGAAGAAGUAAUGGGUAUUGGGGAUCGCAUCAAUUAUAUAAAGCCUAAAAACAUUGUAUUAGGAGGAACUAAGUUCUUAGAAGUUUUUGUAGUUGAAGUUUUCACGCCCACAUUUUUUUGGGUACAGCUUCGUAAAAAGAUAAAUAAAUUUAAAGAAAUGAUGACCAAUUUAGACAAUUUUUAUACUCAGAAUUUUGCGAAAUAUUUGAUUCCACCAAUUGUAUUAGAGAAAGGUUUAAAUUGUGCUUGUAAAUACAAUGGCAAGUGGCACAGGGCUAUCGUUGAACACGUCACAUCGGAUUUUUCAAUUACAGUAAUGUUUUAUGACUACGGUACACUAAAAAUAUGUUCCCGGAAUGAAGUCUAUUAUUUGCAUAAAAAGUUUUCCGAUUUACCAGCACAAGCAAUUCCCUGCGGUUUAGUUAAUGUAAUGCCACGAAAAGGAACCAAGUGGUCUCGCGUAGUUACCCAUAAAUUUGCAUUAAGAACGAAUAACAUCCCUUUAGUAGCUACAAUUGCGUCAGUUAGUCCGGAGGUAAGAGAUUCGUUUAAAUUUACAUACGUAUUUUAAAUUAUAUUU